UGUCAUUAAAGUUUCGUAAAUGUUUACGGUUUUUGUAAACAACGUCGCCUAAAACCAUCGGUUUCGGCUCAUUGAUUUAAAAGUUGCAGUGAAAAACGAUUAAAAUAAUUUACGAAAACCAUAAAAUUAUGUAUUCGCGCUUAUAGAGUGCAAGCUACGAAGAGUGAUUGAUUUAUAGUGAGUAUUGCUUCAUAAUUUCAGUGCAGUUUGCUCGUGCAGAACUACCUGCCAGAAUGGAUGAUCGUGAUGAAGCCAGCAACUCAUGUGAAUCGGAGCAACGUAAGUGCGUCGAUGCAGUUGAUUUGGAAGAACCUUUUCUAACUGAAGAAAAUGAUAGCAUGGAGUUUACAAUGUCUAAAUACAUGUCUAUACGAAUGGAAAUGAGUAAAGAGAAAUUCGUCUUAAUGCUAAUCCAUGCUAUACGAAAGUUACCAAUACUAUGGAAACAAAAUGCAAAGGGUUACAGAGAUCCAAAGAUUGUACAGGAAGCAUGGGACACAUUGUCACAACAGUUUGAACUACCUGCAGAACAUUUAAAAGAAAAGUGGCAAACUUUGCGAAGUCAGCUUCGAAGCAUCAAUUCAAAAAUGAAGCGUAACCACGCAACAUUGGACAAAAACUAUCGACCAACAUGGUUUGCAUAUGAAGCAAUGCGCUUUCUUAAGGAACCUUACGACAAACAAACAGAAACGCCGGUAGUAAAACAACCCCAUACAGUAACGAUAAAACAACCUGUGCCCACAAAGAUCGCAGUAAAACAACACAUGCAAUCUCCGGUUGCAGUCAGCCAACGCUUGUCCACACCAAUAACCGUAAAACGGAUCGUACCCAACUCAGUGUCCCACCCAUCGGUUGUUAAACCUAGCACACGCGUUUGCAAGCGACGUUACAUGGAAUCCACUUUAAGUUCUUCGCCAAAAGUCAUGCGGAGAAUGCCAGCUACUUCUAGUAGCAGUAAAAUACAACCGUUUAUUAUAAGAACAUUUGAAAAUUUAUCAAAAAUUACUGACAAAAUAGCCCAAACUGAAGCUUCGCCGUACAGUGGAUUGCUAAAUCAUUUGAGUGUUGUAUUAUCUAAAAAGUGUGCGAGUGAUUUUAACCAAAUUGAAGCGAUACUACUUAAUUGUUUGAAUGAGUUACAAAAAUUGCCAAAUGCAGAGAAAGAUCCCAUAGGUUAUUUAUCUUCUACUGUUGUUAUCGAUGAAAAAUACUCCAACGAAGAAGAACGGGAGGACUCGGAUGAUCCAUAUACAUGA